AGCUGCAGCUUCGCCAGGGAUGUAGCUGUGCAAGCGCGGUUGUAAAGGAAACUAUUACAUUUGAUUUUUUUGACGUUGAAUUUAGCAAAACGAGCAUUGUGGUGUCUUUAGGGGGGUUCGUCCUUAAAGAACAAUAGUGCGGAAGCAGUGUAGGUUACAUUUCCCAAGUGUCAGCCAGUCGUCUUGAAUGUGAGCACGGUGGUGAACUAACUUUACGGUAACAUGCCGAGAAGAAUGGGAUUUUUGGUUGCAGCAUGCGUAUUGCUACGUAUUGGAAUAACAGGUGGAUUUUCUGGGGACCAUAGCAAUGACCUGAUCUACCGCCGUGUGGACCGUGAGGGUCAUGAGAUGACCUUUGACCUGGGGACGGGCACCUGGCACAGGGGCCAGUCCCAUGCCAGGAUGGCUAAGCUGAUGCCUGCUGCACUGAUGGAGUCCCGAUUCCACCAGGCACCGCACAGGCAUGGCGUCAGUCUGCUGGCACGGACCGACCACGAGGUUCACAUCGAGAACGUCCAUGUCUCUGCUCGACACAUUGUUACCGUGGCUCUGCAGGUGGACGUGAGGCGACUCAAUGUGACUCUGUUGCACUCGUUCCGAGAGGGUGUUGCCGCAGCUUUGGACAUCUCCCCCCGACACGUGCACAUCAACCGCCUCAAUGAGAGGAAGAAUGGCAUUGAACUGUAUGUGUCGCCUGACCGCGUGGGAGCAACCGAGCCUUUAUCAUCAGAGGAAGUGAUCCGCUCGCUCAACAUCAACAUCCUCCACCGAAACCUGGAGCCUUUCGGCAUCACCGAGGUCUCCUCCGAGAAGAAUGUACUCCAGGGACAGCACGAGAGGGACAAUGUGUGGACCAAGGAAGGCUUCUAUGCAGUGGUCAUCUUCCUCACGAUCUUCAUCAUCAUUGUCACCUGUUUGAUGGUUCUGUACAGGUUAAAGGAGAAGGUUGAAUAUUCCGACCGGCAGUUCAAGGAGCCGCCCCCGCCCAACGUUCACUUGGCCCCCGUCCCCGUGCACUCAGCCCCCCCACGCCCCCUCCAGCCACGUCCCCCUGCCCACCUCACCAGCGGCAGCAGCAUGGUUCAGGCCGAGGCGGUCCCUAAACCUAUAAGCACCGGCCCCGCCUCCUGUCCGUCCAAUCAGAUAAUCUCCAACGUAGGCCCCGCCCCCGCGGCAUCGACGCCCGUUGGCAAAAGCGCGGUCUCCAGUCACGCUCACGAACCUAUCUGCCCGCCCUGCGUCCCGACCACCGAGGUCAAACCCUGCCUCUCAUCAAGCCCCUCCCCCUUCAGGAUGAAGCCUGCAGCUGGUCUCCAGGAGAGGAGAGGCUCCAACGUGUCCCUGGUGUUGGACAUGAGCUCCCUGGGCGCGGUGGAGCCGCUCAACUGUGGCGUGAACACGCCCCGCGAGAGCGCCGCCCAGGAGUACAUGCAGUCGGCCGGACGCACGCUCACGCGCCCGCAGCUCCGCAACACUGUGCUCAACAUGCCCACGCUGCACGCCGAGUUCGCUGAGAUCCCCAUGAACUUUGUGGAUCCGAAAGACUUGGACAUCCCCAGCCACGGAACCAAGAACCGAUACAAGACCAUUUUGCCAAACCCACACUCCAGGGUGAUCCUGAAGGCCAAGAACUCUUACGAUCCCCUCAGCAGCUACAUCAAUGCCAACUUCAUCAGGGGUUACCUUGGAGAUGAGAAAGCGUACAUCGCCACGCAAGGUCCGAUGAUCAACACGGUGAACGACUUCUGGCAAAUGGCCUGGCAGGAGGACUGCCCUGUCAUUGUCAUGAUCACCAAACUCAAGGAGAAGAACGAGAAAUGUGUGCUGUACUGGCCAGAGAGGAGAGGCAUCUACGGCAAAACAGAAGUGCUGGUAAACAGUGUCCGGGAAAGUGACCAUUACACCGUGCGCAGCCUCACGCUGAAGCAAGGGGGGCAGAGUCGCUCGUUGGAGCAUUACUGGUACACGUCGUGGCCUGACCACAAGACCCCCGACAGCGCACAGCCCCUGCUGCAACUCAUGGCGGACGUGGAGGAGGACCGGCUGGCCAGCGGCACCCGAGGCCCCGUUAUUGUUCACUGCAGUGCUGGUAUUGGUCGCACUGGAUGCUUCAUUGCCACAACCAUUGGCUGUCGUCAGCUGCAAAUGGAGGGCAGUGUGGAUGUCUUGGGAAUUGUGUGCCAACUCCGAUCAGACAGGGGUGGCAUGAUUCAGACAGGGGAGCAAUACGAGUUUGUCCACCACGCCCUGUGCCUCUACGAGAGCCGCCUGUCCGCCGAUGCAGGCCAAUGAAAGGGCACCCCCCCACCUCCUUCACAGGAAGUCUUUGCUCCUAUGCGCCAUGUUGACCUGGAAGUUGAAAACCUCAAUGGGGGCGGUCACCAUUUUUGAUGCGACCCCUGGAGAGAACCUUAGCCUGUUCAGGGAGGACAGAAAGAGAGUUUUCAGAGCAAUCUUUUCUGGCGGUGGGAUGUUUUUUUCGGUGGGGUGUUUCUGGACCCAGUGCUGUGUGUUGUAGAAAAAGACAGUAGAGGAGCAGAAGGGAGAGAAUCCGUCAGACUGAUUGACUCUUUCAUUUUAUUUUUUUCUUGUGGCUGAAUGUAACGUAUCGAUCUCGUCUCUGCAACUCUCUCUCUCUCUCUUGUCGCCAGCAGCUCCUCCUCUUGCCUCCUGAGAUCUUUUUGUGCGCAACCUGCCUUCAGUCCUGUCUGACCUCAACCACACGGCAACAAGCUGUGUACUUUGAGCCAGACCUUCUGGUUGACAUUCUUCUCAUGGACGAGACAAUGUUUCAUGGUUUUGUCAAGUAGUGUUUUUAAUGCAUAACCGUAGUGGGGUUGUCUCCUCAGAUUAGUCUCUAUACUGCUGGUCUCCAUAUUAAGACUGUUAAUGAAUAUGAUGCGGGAUGGAGACUUAUGGAAAAUAAUUAUGUUGCCAUACUCUUUUAGGAAAAAGCCAAUUUCAUUUCAUGGAGAGUCUGAGCAGGAGCGAGCCAGAUACUUUGUUGGACCAAUGAGACACACACUGCACGCUUCAAAAUUUCACAGUGUUAUCCGGUUUGAGAACAAGCCAGAGUUUGCCAAUCCCAUCUUUAUGUUCCCAAUUUUAUGUUCCCAGGUUUCACUCCAGCCCUCACAUACAAUUAACUAGCAAUGGUGAUGUUGACAAUGGAAGGUGGAUGCAAAUGAAAACACUUCACUAACAUUGAUAGUAUGUCAUGAAAACACAAUAAACACACAAAACCCUCUUCUACCUGAAUUUACUCAUAAUAUAAUCCCUUUCCAUGGCAAUAGUUAGAUAACGUAGUAAGUCAAUAAACAAAUAUCUAAAUGUUUUUGCUCCUGUAGCCUGGUUACAAAAGCAUGUAACGUUACAAAACAGAGUUUUAAAUGCAAUUUACUUAAAAGAAACCCAUCACUUGUACAUGAGCAAUUUUUGAUGAAUAAAACAUCAAAGGUGCAGUCUUAAUAUUUAAAAUAUAGUUUAUAUGUUUGUUUAUGAAUUGUAUUCAUGCAAAGCUAACAUAAUUAUUUUUGUAUAUCUUGAGUGGACUGUUUUGAUACCCUGGAUUCUAUUGAAGUGUGCAGGGCAUUAAUACAAAUCUCCCUGCGUACAUAUACACACUCUGUAAACACCUGGAAACGUGGCAUCGAGUGCAAAUAAUGUUAAGCUGACUCAUCUAUGGUGCAGCUUACAGUAUAACUAUCGUAGACAGGACCUCUGUUUGACAUGAAAACCCCACAGCUGACUUUAUGUUCGUAUCACUACGCCACCUUUGAAAUCUAAAGAUUUAAGUAUAGAUAGAUUUUAUAUACAAUAUUAAAACCAAAUAUGGUGUCUGCCCAGCUAUUGAUUAUGGAUAAAACACAAUCAAAAUGGAAGAUGGUCAGACAUAUUCAAUCAAAAAUUAGCCCUGUGUUCUAUGUAUGUGGCAUUCUUGAAAUAUAUUAAUUACAAAAUAUGUAUUUUCAUUGGAGGACAUGAUAUCUCUAGCUCGAAGUUCCGUGCUACCUAUUAAACUUGUUUUCAUGUUAUUUUACUGUACUGUGUAAAAGUACCAUAUGUACAUAUGAAAGUGCUAUUAACUAUGUGGCCACAUGGUCAUGCCACAUAAAAAUCUUGCUGCUUCUACUGCAAGUGUUCAAUCUGUCAGUUGUGUGUGUCGGGGAGGAUCAACGAUUGUUGUGUGACAAUGAAAUCUUUUAGGACAUUUUUUGUAUAUGUGCUGAUUUUUUAUCAAUAUUAUUUGUGAUACAAAAGGUUUUGAAAAAACAACUAUAUUUGUCUAUUUAUAUUAGAUAUGUGUAGCAGGUAAAAUGCACAAUGCCUCUUAAUUGGUCUGCAUCAAUGGUAAUGUCAGUGCAUAUUGUUUACUGUUUGUAGCGACUAUCCACUAUGUGGGACUUAGUGGUCAUAAUAACGAGACAAUGAGUUUUUUUUCCUAUAUAUUACUAAUCAACAUGAAUGUUGUGAUUAGAUGACUGUUCAGCAUAACCACAAUAGUAAGUAAGUAAACGUAUAUACAGACAUAUAUACUCGAAAAUGUACAUAAUAUGUAAUGCCUCAAUUAUGUAGGGUUUGAGGAAGUCUUUAAGGAAAGUCAUUAAAGCUGAAAAAAUUAGCGGAUGAAGACUUCCUUUGGAAUUUUCGGUAUAUUUACUCUCUCUCUCUCUCUUUCUCUCUCUCACGCUCUCUUUCUCUUUGUCUCUGACUCUCUCGCUUUCUCUGUGAAAUUGCUAUUAUUAUUAACUGUCCCUCCGCCCAUACAUCACAGCCCAGGACUCCAGUGACAUACGUGAGUGGCACAUCAGAGUGAGUGUGGCUGACGGAUAGCCUAAGCCAUGUGAUAGGUAAACAUUAGUUACCCAAGCCAUACUACCAAGUGAUGCUGUCUGGUUCAAAUGUAACACACAAUACUUUUGUCCUCUGAGAAAAAAGAAACUCUGAUUAUUGCCACUCUGUACAAGUGACUCGUGAUGAAGUGUUUCUUUUGGAUAGAGCAGGCAAAUGGUUAUUAUGCCAACACAAUCUGCCCUGUACUGAUACCUACAAUGUUGACUUUAUAGUCCAAACUGCCAAUAAACUGAUCUUGUUUAAACAAA